AUGUCAGUCUUCACAAUCGUCCAUCGAGCCCUCCCACCCCUCACCCUCCCCUGGAAGCGCCGAACAAGUCUAAAAGGCAAAUCCCCGGACCUGGAAAUCCAUCUCAGCGAAAAGAAUCCCAUCAUGUCAGACCCCGACAUCAUCUCCCAAGUCCAGAACAAUGAACCUAUCGUUAUGCACCGUGACGUCCACGGACCCGUGCAGGUAGCGGUGAACACCAACGCAAACCACAACACACCAACCCCCCAAUCAGCAUCAUCUGCGCCGGAAGAUAUUCCGCAUCCAGUGGCGGAUCCAACUUCCGAGGACCGGGUGCACUAUUCCAGCCAGACGCGUCCGACGCGGGCCCAGCUCGCUCGCGCUGUCAGUUGGGCGAGUAUUAUCCGUAGUCGGGAUCGGUGGACGGUCGAGCAGGAGAGGGAGCUUGUGAAUGCACAGAGACAGUUAGGGAGGUGUCAGAAGGCGUGGAGUUCUGAGCAGGAGGUUUGGUUAUCGUAUGUCCAGGCCCUCAGCGAAGAAAAGGAAGCACAUGCUGGUUUCCUGUCGAUGCGGCACAGACAGCAGGAUGAUGAACAGCACCAGUUCCGUAAGGCGUGGAAGAGGCGACGAUCUUCGUCAGGUGAUGAUGAGGUGCAGCAGUCUGCAAUCGAUACUGCGAAUCGAUUGGGGAGGUUGCGUCGCUUGCAGCGCUAUGGCUAUACGGGGCAGCGGUUGGGCGCUGGAUCGGCGGUUUUGGCUGUAGAGGGAUGA